AUGGUAGUUUUACUGUAUUUGUCGGGCCAGGCGUUUGGAUCAUGGGAUGGCCGGUGCGGCAAUAUGUCGGCGAACAAUCGUAUGACGGGCGGAGAUAUUGCUGAUCGGGGUAAAUGGCCCUGGAUGGUUAAACUUCAUACAUGCAAAGAUACGUUUAAGCCUGAAACGUGCAAUUUUACGUGUGGUGGUUCGCUAAUUAGCGAUCGGUAUAUACUGACCGCCGCCCACUGUGUCCAAACAGGCCAGUUAAUGACCGCCACGUUUGGCGAUUACGAUAGUGUCGCUGACGAGAGUACAAAAAUUACCGCUCAAAUCGAAAUGAAUUUCAAUCACCAUGAAUACGACAUACGACAUAAUUUUCUUAAUGAUAUCGCUCUGCUCAGGAUAAAAACGCCGCUAGAUCUGAAUGAUGAGCAUAAGCGUUUCGAGCCUAUAUGCCUACCUCGGCCUGAUCUGCCCACACAUUUGGGCGAAAAGUGUGUGCUCACGGGUUGGGGACAAACCGAGAGUAAAAAGCUCUCAAGCGUAUUGCGUCAAAUUGAUUUACCUAUCACGUAUGAUUAUCGGUGCGAAGAAAAGUUCCCAUGUCAUUAUAAUCGCGAUACGAAAUUUUGCACCGAGAAUUUACAUGGUAUUAAGAGUGCAUGUUUUGGUGACAGUGGCGGACCCUUGACCUGUCAACUGGGCAACAAUGGUUGGGUUGUGCGCGGCGUUGCGGCGCAUAUUGAUAAACUAGAUUGCACCGGCAAUAUCAACGCAUUCACACGCGUAGCCCCGUAUACAGAAUGGAUUGCAGGAGUAACUGGACAACGGCUUAGUUUAGUUUAA